AGAGCAGGACGCCGCUGUACGCGUAUUUUGAACUGUGUACAAACGGACUGAACUGAGAGCAGGUAGAGAGGCGACGCUCCGCUCGUCCCCGACAAACUUUGGCUGUUUUAAACAGUUUAACGAUAAUCGCAACACAGUCUGGAAUCCAAUGAUGAGAAAGAGCGAGGUGCUGGCAGCAGAGGCGGUGUCCUGCCUGAAUAAAGCGCUGUGCCAUCUGAAGGAUAUCUGGGAAGAAAUCGGGAUCCCGGAGGACCAGAGACUACAGAGGUGUAAUGUUGUCAAGAACCACAUCAAGAGCUUAUUGGAUAUGAUGAUCAAAGAAGAGGAGUCUCUGAGAAAGAGGCUCCUGAGCAGCAUUCAAACAUGCAGGGCAGAAAUGGAGAAACUCUACCUGGAGCUCCAGCUGCCUGUGUUUGAGGAGGAGAGAGGCAUCACCAUGCUCCAACAAGAGAAGAACAUCCGCACUCAGGUGGAGGCUCUGAUGAAGGAGAAGACCAGUCGGAUGCAGCAGCUGAAGGUUCUGCUGGAGCAGGACCAGGACCUGUGCGACAUCCUGUGCUCCAUGCCUUACGGCAUCGCUCCGGACUCUGUCCCCACGCCGGAACAACUGGAGAACUUCCGUGAGCACAUCAAUAACCAGAACGCAGAGAAGACGAAGCGGCAUGCUGAGUUCAAGGAGCUCAAAAAGCAGAUCAUCUUGUACAUGGACGAGCUGGACCAAAUCCCUGAGACCAGCUUCGAGAAGGACGUCAUCUGUGAGGAUGAGGACUCGUUCUGCCUCUCCAGAGAAAAUAUUACAUCACUCAAACUGCUGAUUUGUCAGCUGGAGGAACGUAAGACAGAGAAUGAGGCGAUGUGUGAGAGUCACCGAGAGAAGAUCCAGCAGCUGUGGGACCGACUGCAGGUGCCUCAGGAGGAGAGAGAGGCCUUCAACGAACACAUGGUCACAUCCAGGAAGAGGAACCUGGAAGCGUUACAAGCAGAAGUUCAGCGUCUGGAGGAGCUCAAACUGCUAAAUAUCCACAAUGUCACAGACGCCAUCCGCUCCGAGAUCGCCGUGUUCUGGGAGAAGUGUUUCUACAGCACAGACCAGCGGCAGGACUUUGCUCCAUAUUUCAGCGAGGAUUUUACUGAAGAGCUGUUGAGUCUGCAUGACGCUGAGCUCCAGUGCUUGAAGCAGCACUACGAGGAUCACAGAGAGCUCUUCGAUGGAGUUCACCAGUGGGAAGAGAGCUGGACACACUUCCUGGAGCUGGAGAAAAAAGCCACAGAUCCCUCAAGGUUCACUAACAGAGGAGGGAAUCUGCUCAAAGAGGAGAAACAGAGGUCUGAGCUGCAUAAAAGUCUGCCAAAGCUUGAAAAGAAGUUAAAAGCCCAGAUUGAUGCUUGGGAAGCUGAACAGGGUCGUGAGUUUCUCAUAAACGGCCAGAAGUUCCUGCAGUAUGUGGAGGAUCAGUGGGAGCUGCACCGGAUAGAGAAGGAGAAGGAGAAACAAGAGAGGCAUCUGAAGAAGAGCAAGCAGACUGAGGAGGACAUGCUGUAUGGAACCGCAGUAAGAACCCCGACCAAACGCAGAUUCCUCGGCUCCGCUACACCAAAUAAAUCACGAAAGAUGUGUAACGCGACUUCCAGCAUUUCCAGUGCCACCUCCAACAGCACCAUGCGAUCCGCCUUUAGUGGAACGGUCUGUCGCUCUCCGGUGCCCCGCCCACCUCUCUCAGCAAACAAGGGUCCAGCAGCAUGGACGCCAGUUGGCAGCAAACCCCCCCACCCACGGCCAAAAGGUUGUAACAAGGAGAACGAGGCCCAGAUGAAGGGGUCUCCACUGAUUGGUGCGUUGGUGACCCGUGCUAGUCCAAAGCGCAACAUCAGCCUAACCUCUGUUGCCAGCACAUAUUCAGAGUUUGUGAGGGACUUGGUCAACACUGAAUCUGUUCAGUCAAGCGAGACCUGUCCAAGGCCACCAACACCAAGAUCGAGCACGACAUCCUGAACUCCACCACCGCCAACCUCUGACCUCGUCACCCUGAUGAUGACUGCACCAGCUAUCACAUCGUAGUCCUUUUAACGAAGCUCUGAUCUCACUACCCGUCACCGCUUACUGCUUUUAUAUUUAAAUGAAGGUAAUAAUAUAUUAAGUGUUAAGUGUGUGAUGAACAAGGAAUCUGUUGUAAAUUGCUGAGCGUAUUGUCUUCAGCACUGCUGGAUCUUUGCUCAUCACCUUCUGUAUGAGGAAAGAAAAAGUUUGUAUCAUUAUUUAAACUAACACUACUUUGGCUCUCUAAAUUUUGUUAAUUGAGGCGUUUUAAAUGUGGUCUGAAUGUCGUACUGCGCAUUUAUUUUGAGAGACAAAGGAAAGACUGUUUAGCUUUCUGAUGCUAUGCAAUCCGGGGUUACAGGCCAAAUGUAUUAAGAGUACAUUGCACUUUUUUUAAAGAAUAUAUUGCAGCACAUUGUGUAAUUUUACACACACACACACACUGUUCCAUCCAAUUCCGUUGUUAUACAUGCAUGUAUCUGUGUAUAUAUUUCUCUAUCAUCUGUUCUUAUAGUCUGCACUGUUCCACAAAGAUGUUAGUAGUUUGAACAGGCCUUUAGACUGUUAGUGACAGUACAUCAUUAAUUGGUGCUGCAUGCCAGUUGUUAAAUUGUUGCUAAAUCACAUGAAUUCAGCCAGCUAUCAUGACUGAUUUGGCAAAACUUGUCAGAAUAUAAUAAAUGUCUUUUUCACUCAAA